AUGGCCGCUGCGUCACACAACCCGUAUUCUCAUCCUCCAUCUCCCAACCCCUCCUCACGGCCCUACGAAUCCUCGGGUGUCUCGUCGGCCGCCUCACCCAAACCGCUUACACAGUACCUUGGCGGCCUGAUGAGGCCAAGCCCAAGUGCGAGCCUCCAUCAUCACCAUCACCAUCACCAUCACCAUCAUCAACCGCCGCCGCCGCAAACACACCAGCACUCUCCCUCACACCAAACCGCCCCUUCACAACCUUUGGGCCUUCCGACACCUUUGCCUUCGGUUCACCAGCAGCAGCUCCCCCAACCAGGCAGCCAUUCGUUCCAACCAUACACCCCCGUCACAGCAACAUCGUCUACCAUGGAGCGAGAGUCGAUGCAGUCAGGGGAGUCAGUUGCUGGCACCCCAGGGCCCUCUCAUGCCCAGCUCCCAUCGUCUUCCAGCAACAACAACAACAACAACAACAACAACAACAACAACAGCAACAACAACAGCUCCCAGGCCCAGAAGCGAGCAUACCGCCAGAGGAGAAAAGAUCCCAGCUGCGAUGCCUGCCGCGAGAGGAAGGUCAAAUGCGAUGCCACCGAGACUACGAGCUGCUCCGAGUGCUCGAGCCGGAGCGUCAAGUGCCAGUUCACCAAGGAAACUAACCGACGCAUGUCGUCCAUCAAGCAGGUGCAGGAUUUGGAAAAGCAGAUGGAACGGGUUCGCCGCGAGAACAACAGCCUCCGCCGCAUGCUGCAAGAGAGGGACGGCCAGUUUGAUAUGGAUGUGGACGGCGUGGAGCAGCUGCCGCUCCAGCUCCCCGAGAUCGCCUCGGCACCCAAGCGCAAGAAGCGGCCCGCCAGCAUUCACGACCUCGCUCGAGCAAGAACCAACCUACGAAGCUUUUCCAGGGGAAUCUGGAAGCCACCAGCGCCAUACCGACCGGUGGCGGCCCCUGAUCCGAGGGACUUCACUUCCAUGCUGCCUCCCAGGCAGACGACAGACUCGUUGCUCAGGGCUUACUUCACCUCUGCCCAUACCAUGACGCCCAUUCUGCACUGGAACAGCUUUGUGCAGACGGUAGAUGGGCUCUACCGCCAGGGCAAUCCGAUUCGAGUCACGCAGGCCUUCAUGUCUGUGUUCUUUGCCGUCAUGGCCGUUGGAAGGCUCUUUACAUCCGAGAACGAGCACAACCGAGCGUAUUCGGCAGCCCAUCUUCUCGAGACGACGCGGAGUUUGAUUGACCCUUGGAACAACGAGUAUGAGCUGGACAAUGCGCGCGUGUUUGUGCUUAUUUCUGUGGCGUUGAAUGAGAUGAACCUGAAGCUUGCUGCUUGGAACUGGCUCGGCAAUGCUGUCCGGGUGGCUCAAGACCUUGGUCUCUACACCGAAUUGGGGCCAUGGCAAUUCCUCGAGGGUGAGAUGCGCAGGAGGACAUGGUGGGCCAUCUACCUUCUUGAUCGCAGCCUGUCUAUCGAACUCGGGAGGCCGAUGAUGAUUGACGAUUCCGACUGCGACGUCUCGUUGCCCGCUGGAGUCGACGACUGCUUCAUCUCUGAGCAGGGCCCAAGGGUGCCCGUGGGCGCAGAGCCGCUUACGCAUUCUCUGCUCGCCGUGAUACACGUUGUGCGUUCUUACACAGCGCUCGGCAGAGCCCUCUCGUCCCCCGUUAUUGCACCGACCCGGCUGGCAACGUUUGACCAGCACUUUUCCUCCUGCCUUCGAACCUUUCCACAGGCUUGCGACCCUACGAGCAACGCCCCCAUGACCCCUGCGCUUCUCAACCCCUUGGUCUACCUCCUCCACGCACGCCUGCUGCUCCACCGACACAAUCUGCUCCCUUCCUGCCCCCCCGACGUGCGACGGACGGCCUUUGAACAGUGCACUCACACGGCUCUCGAAACCGCUGCUCUUCUCCUGCGAGUUACACCCGAUCUUCCGGAAGGCGCCACAGCGCUUCUGACCACACACAUCUUCCGCUGCGCGCUGUUCUUGCUGAUCACGGGCUGGUUUGAUCAGGCGGCUACCUGCGUCCGCGCCCUGGCAUCCAUCAACGAGCACCGUGACGUUGCCAUGCCUUGCGGCCGUUAUCUCGGCUUUUUCGUCCAGGUUCUCGGAAACAGGCGAGCCGAGAUUACAAGCUACCUCGCCCAGUCGCCAUCCCCCAGUCAUCCUCCCUCGCCAUACGGACCCCCACCACCACGUCCUUCCCAGUCUGCGAUUCAAGAAGCGCUCUUUCGAGACGAGGAGCUGGUCGCGUACGUCAGUUCUGACCUCCAGGCCAGCCCUGACACAGCCUGGGUCUGGGCAGGCAGCGACCGUGAGCCGCCGUCGCCCCGCUCCUCUUGUUCCAUCGGGGGCCGCCAACGGGAAGCACACUCUUUUCAGCAUCGACGCGAGGACAAACCUGACGAGCGAACAGAGAUGGGAGUGGGGGCCGACUGGUUGGGAGAGGCUGGAGAAUUCCAUCCCGGUGCUUGGCGUCUGGUGCAUCCAGUCCCACGAGCGCCGCCGCUCCUCCUCCUCCUCCUCCCCCUCCCCCUCCGGCUGCUCUCGCGCCUGCUCGCCAGCAAACCUGGGGCCCGAUGA